GAAGCCACGACAUCGCAGAACAGAAGGCAUUUCAAGACUGAACUUCUGAUAAAAAGAGCCCGAGAAGUCAUGAUCGCCUCACAGCUUCUCUCCGCUCUCACUCUUGCACUUGUCCUGUUUGAAGAGAGUGGAGCCUGGUCGUACAACGCGUCCACAGAAACCAUGACUUUCGACGAAGCCAGCGCUUACUGUCAGCAAAGGUACACGCAUCUGGUCGCAAUUCAAAACCAAGAAGAGAUUAAAUACCUGAACUCCGUGUUCAGCCAUUCACCUACUUACUACUGGAUCGGAAUAAGAAAGGUCAAUCAGCAGUGGACCUGGAUAGGGACCCAGAAGCUUCUGACCGAAGAAGCCAAGAACUGGGCUCCCGGCGAACCGAACAACAAGCAGAACAAUGAAGACUGUGUGGAGAUCUACAUCAAGAGAGACAAGGACACGGGCAUGUGGAAUGACGAGAGAUGCGACAAAAAGAAGCUUGCCUUGUGUUACACAGCUGCCUGUACCCCUACAUCCUGCAGUGGCCACGGUGAGUGUGUGGAGACCGUCAACAACUACACCUGUGAGUGCCACCCCGGCUUCAGUGGACUCAGGUGUGAGCAAGUUGUGACCUGUCAAGCGCAAGAAGACCCUGAGCACGGAAGCCUGGUCUGCGCCCACCCUCUGGGACUCUUCAGCUACAAUUCCUCGUGCUCCGUCCACUGUGAAAAGGGUUACAUCCCAAGCAGCACAGAGGCUGCACGGUGCACUUCUGCGGGGGACUGGAGCGCCCCUCUUCCAGCCUGCAACGUGGUUGAGUGCAGUGCACUGACAAAGCCCGCCCAUGGCACUGUGGACUGUCUCGAAAGCUCUGGAAACUUCCCAUGGAACACAACUUGUGCCUUUGCUUGUGAAGAAGGAUUUGAACUAAUGGGCUCCAAGCGCCUCCAGUGUACCUCAUCUGGGAACUGGGACAACAAGAAGCCAACAUGUAAAGCUGUGACAUGUGAGGCCAUCGGCCAUCCUCAGAACGGGUCUGUGAGCUGUAGCCACUCCCCUGAGGGCGAGUUCACCUUUGGGUCCUUCUGCAGUUUCACCUGCGAGGAAGGCUUCCUGGUGCAGGGAGCAGCCCAACUUCAAUGCACUGCGCAAGGGAAAUGGAGUCAGCAGGUCCCAGUUUGUGAAGCUUUUCAGUGCAAAGCCUUGUCCAUCCCAGAGAAAGGCUACAUGAAUUGUCUUCCAAGUGCUUCUGGAAGUUUCCAAAGUGGGUCCAGCUGUGAGUUCUUCUGUGAGAAGGGAUUCGUGUUGAAGGGAUCCAAAAAACUCCAGUGUGGCCCCACAGGCGAAUGGGACAGUGAGGAGCCCACAUGUGAAGCUGUGAAAUGCGACGCUGUCCGGCAUCUCCAGCAUGGUUCGGUGAGGUGUGCCCAUUCCUCUGUUGGAGAGUUCACCUACAAGUCCUCCUGUGCCUUCAGCUGUGAGGAUGGCUUUGAGUUACAUGGGUCAGCUCAGCUCGAGUGUACCUCUCAGGGACAGUGGACGCAGAAGGUCCCCUCCUGCCAAGGGGUACAAUGUUCAAGCCUGGCAGUUUCCGGAAAGACGAACAUGAGCUGCAGCGGGGAGCCCGUGUUUGGAGCUGUGUGUACGUUUGCAUGUCCCGAAGGAUGGACGCUCAAUGGGACUGCAGCUCUGACCUGUGAUGCCACAGGACACUGGUCUGGGAUCCCACCGACCUGUGAAGCUCCCGCUGAGUCCAGCGCUCCCCUGGCUGUUGGACUUGCUGCUGCUGGGACCUCCUUCUUGACAUUAGCCUCAUUUCUCCUCUGGCUCCUGAAACGCCUGAGGAAGAAGGCAAAGAAAUUUGUUCCUGCCAGCAGCUGCCAAAGCCUUGAAUCCGAUGGAUCCUUCCACAUGGCUUUGUAGUCAUUUUUAGUCCAAAGGAAUCAGGAACACAGGUACCUCCAGGGGACUCGACCAAUAGCCUGAUGAUGGCAGCGACAGAAGGGGAUCCUCUGGUCUCUGGUGCUUCUGAGCUCCCACAUCCGCCACCUUGACAGCUGAGAGCAUGGACCCCAUGAGGACUUCAAUGGCCCAGGCUCUAGUGGGCAAGGCCAGCCUGUCACCAGCAAGACUCGGCUUUCUCUUUCCUGUUCUCAGCAUCUGGAAAGUGCUGAUGGAGGAAAAGCAUAUUUUCUUCUGGACAAAAGUGAAGAGACUCCGGCUCCAGGGUCUCAGGAUUCCUGUUCUAACUGUCUCCACGCUCUCUGUGAGAUCUCAGUGGAGAAACAUGGUAUUUUGUGGUAUUGUUUCUUUCUGUGUCUCAACUACUGAUUGAUUACAUGGCUGCUGUCGCCAGGAUGAAUAACCGUCAGGAGUUUAGGGAAAACAACUUGGCCAAAGAUAC